CCGAACGAACGUUCCGACCGUUUCGCUCCAGCUCGGAUUGUUUGAUAGCGCAAUUAAUUAAUUCUCCUUCAUUCAUUGAUGCUGAUUAUAAAUGAGACUCACUGCCGCUCGGUUGAAUGUUUUAUGAAUCUAACCGUUGCCGCGUAAGGAUCUACCGCUCUCGUUUCGAAAAAAUCUUUUGCGAGUAUCGAAUUAUUUAAACAAAUUAUUAAAAAUAAAAAUAAUUAAAUAGCUUAUAGAUUAUACGAGUACGUGGUGUGGUGGUGAUCGAAUUAAUCGCUAUAAUUUUGAAAUUAAGUGUUAAACAGGUGUAAUUUUUAGUUUUUGUGAUUAAAAUUUCUUGACGGACAACGACGACGCACGGUUUGGAGCCAGUGCAUAUAAUUUAAAAUCAUAAACUGGAUAAAAAUAGAAAAUACAAUUAAAGAUACAUCUUGGAAAACUUGACUUGUUUUGAAUUAAAAAAAAAAAACAGGAAAAAAACGUCAAAUUAAAUCAAAUCAAAGAAACAACAAAUAAAAUAUCAGUAAUUUGACAAAAUGCGUCACAUACACGCUUCCGGUGGCGGUGGCAGUGAUGGUGGAAGAAAUGGCUCAGAUGUUUCUCUAGACAUUCCACCAAAUGGAUUGUAUUCGGGAUCGAGAGAUUGCAUUAUGCCCGGCGACAAGGAAAUCGGAUGCUGCCAGGGCAUAGGUGAUUGGUGUCAACAGACUUCGUCAAAAGUAUUUUGCAAGAAAACUCUCUACAAGCGAUUACCUAUUUUGACAUGGUUGCCAAAGUAUAAUAAAGAUGAUUUUAUUGGAGAUUUGGUGGCUGGAAUUACGGUGGGCUUGACAGUUAUACCACAAGGAUUGGCCUAUGCUGGAAUUGCUGGACUACCUCUUGCUUAUGGUCUUUAUGGAUGCUUCGUCGGCUGUUUUCUAUACAUUUUCCUUGGCUCUAGCAAAGAUGUGCCAGUUGGACCUACAGCCAUCUCAGCAUUGCUUACAUUCCAAACAGCUCAAGGCAACUGGCAAAUGGCCGUCUUGCUAACAUUCCUCACUGGUCUCAUUGAAAUAGCCAUGGGUGUGUUUCAACUUGGCUUCCUCAUAGACUUUGUCUCAGGACCAGUUAGUGCAGGAUUCACAAGUGCUGUUGCUCUAAUCAUCUUUACAUCUCAACUCAAAGAUAUUCUUGGAGUUAGUACGAAAGGAGCAACAUUUUUGGAUAUGUGGAUCACAAUUAUCAAAGAUAUCCACAACAUCAGCUUAGCCGAUACACUCUUUGGAGUUGGUUGCAUUGUGAUCCUUCUUUCGAUGCGAGCUAUGGCAAGCUUUAAAAUUGGACCAGAAGAUGAUGAGAAGAAGAAGCCAUGGCAAAAAUUCAUCAACAGCACUUGUUGGUUGAUUGGAACAUCGAGGAAUGCAGUUUUGGUUAUUGCAUGUGGAGCUAUUGGAUCGUAUUUGUAUGAAUCGGGUGUUGAGUGGUUUAAGACCGUGGGCUAUGUGCCUCCUGGUCUGCCAGAAUUCCAAGCUCCUCCAUUUUCAUACUCCACCCAAAUGAACACAACUUCUGGGGAGGUUAUUGAAGUAUAUGAGUCGUUUAGUUCGAUGGUAUCAAAGAUGGGUUCUGGACUGAUUGUGGUUCCUUUGAUCUCGUUGCUUGAGAAUAUGGCUGUGGUUCAAGCUUUUGCUAAUGGAAAACCAACUGAUGCAACUCAGGAAUUGAUCGCUGUUGGUGUUUGUAACGUUGCCAAUUCAUUCUUCCAAGGAUUCCGGUCAAACGGUGGUUUGGCUCGUGGAGCUGUUUGCAAUGCUAGUGGAGUAAGAACUCCUCUAUCGAAUCUCUAUACUGGAACUCUAGUCAUCAUUGCUUUGUUGUACUUGACUCCGUUCUUCUUCUUCAUUCCUAAAGCUGCCUUGGCUGCCAUCAUUGUGGCUGCUGUGAUAUUCAUGGUGCAAUAUCGUGUUAUCAAACCCAUGUGGAGGAGUAAAAAAACUGACCUGAUUCCCGGAAUUGCAACCUUUAUCGCUUGUUUGGUGCUUCAACUUCAAGUUGGUAUCCUUGUGGGAAUCGGUAUCAAUGUCGUCUUCAUCCUGUAUCAUGCCGCUCGUCCAAAACUGAGAGUUGAAAACCUUAUCACCUCCUGCGGCACAAACUACAUCAUGUUGACCCCAGAUCGUUGCUUAAUCUUUCCCUCUGUGGAAUUUGUGCGUAACGUCGUCAAUAAACAAGGUCUCAAAUCAACAUUACCGGUUGUGAUAGAUUGCACGCAUAUUUAUGGCGCCGAUUAUACAGCCGCUAAGGUUGUCUCAACUAUGAUUGCCGAGUUCCAGGCCAGAGACCAGAAGCUCUGCUUCUUUAAUCUCCGGCCAAGAGUUGCUGCAGUCUUCGAGGGUUUGAAUACCAAUUUGGUGGUAUUCUAUGAAAUGUCAGCACUCGAAAUGGAACUUUCUGGAAAGAAACCAGAAAUAACAUCGGCGGCGUGAACCUGAGCCUGACGCUACUAAAACCAAGGCUCUCCAGUCUGAGCGAGCUAUGUUGCCAACGAAUAUUACUUACUUACUUUAAUUACUCUUUAAUCUAUUAGUUUAUAGCAGUAGGUAUUUUAUUUUAAUUUAUUUAAUUAACUGAAAGAAAAAAACUUAUAUGAUUGAGUUCGUCAUAAAUGUUGACUUUAUAUGCAAAAAAAAAUCAAAGCUUCAAUGACAUGCAAAGUGCAACAACAAGAUUAAGUAUUUCUCAGAAGAUAAAAACUUUAUGAAUCUUCAAGUUUUGAAAGGUUACAAAAUAAUUGACAGAAAGUUUAUGUUUUUUGAUUCUGUUUAUUUAAGUAUUAAUUGUUUUUGUUUAUUUCUUCGAGAAAUAAAAUAAAAUUUAAGAAAAAAAAAUUAA